CUCACUGAGCUCUCCAUCUGUGUGUGUGUGUCUCCAUCGGUCCUGAUCUACAGAAGAAUGGCACCAGUCGGGUCCAAGAGGGGUAUUCUGGAGCGCCUGGGCGCGGGUGAGGUGGUGAUUGGAGACGGAGGGUUCGUGUUCGCCCUGGAGAAGCGAGGAUACGUGAAGGCCGGACCCUGGACACCAGAGGCCGCAGCUGAGCACCCGGAGGCCGUGCGACAGCUGCACAGGGAGUUCCUGCGGGCCGGCUCUAAUGUCAUGCAGACCUUCACUUUCUACGCCAGCGACGACAAACUGGAGAACAGAGGGAACAAGCUGACGUACACCGGCCAGCAGAUUAACGAGGCGGCGUGUGACCUCGCCAGAGAAGUGGCCAAUCAGGGCGAUGCGCUGGUGGCGGGCGGAGUCUCGCAGACGCCCUCGUACCUGAGCUGCAAGAGCCAAGACGAGGUCACCAAGAUCUUCAAGAAGCAGCUCGACGUCUUCAUCAAGAAGAACGUGGACUUUCUGAUCGCAGAGUACUUCGAGCACGUGGAGGAGGCCGAAUGGGCCGUCCAGGCUCUGAAGGCGACAGGGAAGCCUGUAGCGGCCACGAUGUGUAUAGGACCUGAAGGAGACAUGCACGGCGUGAGCCCGGGAGAGUGUGCCGUCAGACUGGUCAGAGCAGGCGCUGAUAUCGUGGGUGUGAACUGCCACUUUGACCCCAUGACCUGUGUGAAGACCGUGGCCCUGAUGAAGGCGGCCGUGGAGAAAGCCGGACUGAAGGCGCAUUAUAUGGCGCAGCCGCUGGCGUACCACACACCCGACUGCAGCUGCCAGGGCUUCAUCGACCUGCCCGAGUUCCCCUUCGCCCUGGAGCCGCGGAUCCUGACGCGCUGGGAGAUGCAGCAGUACGCCAGGGAGGCCUAUAAGGCCGGCAUCCGCUUCAUCGGCGGCUGCUGCGGGUUCGAGCCGUAUCACAUCCGCGCCGUAGCCGAGGAGCUCGCGGUCGAGAGAGGAAUCCUGCCCGAGGCCUCGGAGAAACACGGCAUGUGGGGCGCCGGCCUGGAGAUGCACACCAAACCCUGGGUCAGGGCCAGGGCCCGCCGUGAUUACUGGGAGAAGCUGAAGCCCGCGUCGGGACGCCCGCUGUGCCCGUCCAUGUCCUCGCCCGACGGCUGGGGGGUCACCAAAGGUCACGCCGAGCUCAUGCAGCAGAGGGAGGCCACGACCCCUGACCAGCUGCGCCCGCUCUUCCAGAAAGCCGACGCCAAAUACUGACGGGCUCAGGGGUCAAAGGUUGAGCCGAG